AUAAUUUCCUCAUAUUUUCACAAAUAAAAAUAUAGAAAUCGUCUUUUUUUACCCGCUUUUUAUGACAACAUUUUGCCAUUAGUCCCGCUCAUGUUCAUGAGCCAUUCAAAAACACUUCGUGUACAUAAUACAUUUAUUGCAGUAUAUUUAUUGAAAAAAUUUAUUAACCAUGAAUUCUGUCAAUUUUAUUUGUCAUUUGAAUGACUCUUGUGUGGUUAAACAAGUGAUUGGAUACGUGUUGUGCUACUCCAUCGGCCCUCGUUCAAGUCAGCAUGUUUCAUGAUGGCGUCCAAAAGCCCGCUGGACGUAUUUUCUGUAUUCAAAAUACUAAAUCUUGAUUAAUGAGAGUGAGGACAAAUGAAGAUGAAACGUACAAAAAGUGAGAUGAUCAAUGCAACCGUCGAGUCAUACUUGAAACGUCGUCGUUAUCAGGAUUGUGAUUUAUUUCGUAAAACGGAGAGACCUGGAUGCAGAAGCAGUGAAGAAAUGACCUUGACUGCUAAAGCUGAGAGUGCACUAUCCCGAGACAACUCCAUAGUGUUCAGCGCUAUCAUCAAUGAUGUUGUAGCUGCUGAUCAAGCUUACCAGAGAUUAAAAGUGUGGGUCUACUCGAUAAAGACUCAGCAAAUAAAAUACGAGCUACACGGCCUUCUAUAUCCUGUUUUCUGUCACUUGUACCUCGAAAUACUUCACGCUGGUAAUCCACAGGCUGCCAUUCAAUUCCUGAAAAAUUAUCAGGGUGACUUUGUCACGGAUACAGAGAGGGAUUUCCUCGAAGAAUUGUCAAGUAUAUUUACAAUACAGGAUAUCGAAUUGAGGCCACUUGUCAAUGCAUUUCGAAUGAGAAAGUACAAAGUUGAUAUGUCUGAUGAGGCGCACAUUUGUCUACAGAAAUAUCUCAGUAAAAAUGGGCAUAUUAUUAUAAUGCAGAUUAUAAAUAUACACAUAACUAUUAUUAAAAAAAUAGUAGAUAUGAAUGUGAUUGACGAAGAGACUGCUGAUCAAGCUCAGGGACAUGAAAUUGGUAUAAAUGGGCAUGUGGAGCUAGCAUCGGGCACUGGAGUUGAUAGAGAAAUGCGUGAGCUCCAGGAGUCCAUUCGAUUGAUAAGAAACAAUGCUUAUCAACCAUUGAGAAUAUUUACCGUUAAUAAUGCAGCUGAGAAUGGUAGUUGUGCCACAAUGACACCGAAUAUGGAUAGAUUGGCUGCUGGAUUCAGUACCGCUGAGAUUAGACUGUGGGGUGUAGGAGAGACGGUGCUGAUGAGACGGAGACAGACAAGAUCAUCUGUUGCGUUGGCUUGUGACACCGCAUCGACGAGUAGACCACCCGAUGAUGCAAACGAAAUGGAGGAGGCAGGUGCUAUCAUUUUGAGGGGACACUCAGAUGUCAUCCAUGACUUGAAAUUUGUCGCUCAGUCCAGUGUAUUACUGUCUGCCUCUAGUGAUAAGGACAUGAGAGCCUGGAGUCUCAGUGAUUACACAUGCGCUGCUGUUUAUCGUGGACAUAAUUAUCCAAUCUGGUGUAUGGAUACCAGUGCUUUCGACUUGUACAUAGCAACUGGCUCUCACGAUCGGACUGCCAAAUUGUGGAGUCUGGAUAGGAAAUUUCCACUGCGAGUUUUUGCAGGCCAUUUUUCGGAUGUUAAUUGUAUAAAAUUUCAUCCGAAUACGAGGUACUUGGCAACAGGUUCUACCGAUAAAUCCGUUAGACUCUGGAACAAGGAUGAUGGUAAUUUAUUGAGAGUAUUUGUUGGUGCUCAAUCGACAAUUUACAGUCUGGCGUUCAGUCCUGAUGGCAAAUAUUUAGCUGCCGCCGGCGAUGACAGGUCAAUAGUUAUAUGGGACCUGGCGACAAAUGCUAUAUUGACUGAACUUAAAGGCCACCAGGAAACGGUGAUGAAUUUAGAUUGGAGUCCAGAUGGUCAGUACAUAGUCAGUGGUAGUACAGACAGUAUCGUACGCCUCUGGCCAUCUCAUGAGCACAUAAAAACCGGCAUUAAUACCACAACAAACUCAACAGGCAAAGAUUGCCGCCCUCAGGUAUACUCAACAAAUUGCUCAAGUAUUCUAUCACUUCAAUACUAUCGGAAAAACAGUUCACUUGUGUGCAUUGGAGCUGUGUGAAAACUACUGGAUCUCGCUGCCCAAAUUGGGCUAACAUAAAUGGAAAAUAAACGCAAAAUAAUACAUAAUUAUAAUCAUCAUCAUCCUCAUCAUCAUCAUUUUCAAUCUAGUGAUAGAGAUCCCCCUCACUGGCAACAUAGUGAAUUAAUUUGUUGGACUUGCGGUUUAAAAAAUUGAAACUAAAAUUAAUCGUAAUACUGUGAUGGAGUGCAGAGUGACGAUCAAAUAAUACUUUCAUCUGUCUUGGACUUUUAUUCAUUAAAACUUUACUGCUACAUUCUCAAAGAAGAUGAGAGGGGAUGAGUGGUAGAUAAAAAAUAGUGAAUUCAGGUGGUUAUCGUUAAUGUUUCAUUGUUAUUCGAAUCAAAGGAAUUAAUUUUAUAACUCUAUUUGAAUCGGCCAUUUGCCAAACCAUUACUUUGAGAAUGGAACUUCGUAAGACCUCUUCUGUAGCACAAUAUAUCUCUAAUUUUUUUCCUGGUAGUACUCGCUACCAAAUAAUGGCAUUCAACGAGAUCCCAGUUGAAUGAGAAGCAGUCACUAUUGAAUUUUUCCACACAUUCUUUUUUUUUCAUUACUUUUGUAAAUAAUGGACUUUGGUGAUUGUACAGGUAAGAAUUCGUUGGUAACUUCUCAAUGUUUUGUAAAUACAGAAAAUAAUAAAAAUAACGGCUCGAGCCAAGGAGGUCAGCAA